AUGUGGAAACAGCAGAAAGGCCGCUAUGGGGUAGCUGGCCACCGUCCCAGGUCAAAGAGAGCAGGGACUCUCUCCUGGGGCGCGGUGAGAGGGGAGGGCCGGGGCGGGCCGGACUGCGGUGGGAGGGCAGGCGGAGGGGCGGGCAGAAGGUACCGGCGGUACCCGGCGGUCCAGGAUACUGGCUUUGGCCAAGGCCAAGGAAGCCCGCACUCUGGCUGGCGGGCCAUGGGGCUGCGGGCUCGAGGGCUGCAUCCGCUGCAGGCGCUGGCGAUGCUGCUGCUGUGGUCGCCGCCGCUGCUGCUGUGCCGAGCGCUUCGCGGGGCGCGCUGCCCAGAGCCCUGCGACUGCGCCCCCGACGGCGCCCUGCGCUGCCCCGGCCCACGCACCGGCCUCGCCCGACUAUCACUCACCUAUCUCCCUGUCAAAGUAAUCCCAUCUCACGCUUUCAGAGGACUUAAUGAGGUCGUAAAAAUUGAAAUCUCUCAGAGUGAUUCCUUGCAAAGGAUAGAAGCUAAUGCCUUUGACAACCUCCUCAAUUUGUCCGAAAUAUUGAUCCAGAACACCAAAAAUCUGGUAUACAUUGAACCCGGUGCUUUUACAAAUCUCCCCCGGUUAAAAUACCUGAGCAUCUGUAACACAGGCAUCCAGACCCUUCCAGAUGUUUCGAAGAUCUCCUCCUCUGAAUUUAAUUUCAUUCUGGAAAUUUGUGAUAACUUGUACAUAACCACCAUACCAAGGAAUGCUUUUCAAGGAAUGAAUAAUGAAUCCAUCACACUCAAACUGUAUGGAAACGGAUUUGAAGAAGUACAAAGUCACGCGUUCAAUGGGACGACGCUAAUUUCGCUGGAGCUAAAAGAAAACAUAUACCUGGAGAAGAUGCACAGUGGAGCCUUCUGGGGGGCUACAGGGCCAAGCAUCUUGGAUAUCUCCUCCACCAAACUGCAGGACCUGCCAGGCUACGGGCUGGAGUCCAUUCAGACACUCAUCGCCACGUCAUCCUACUCUCUGAAAAAGCUGCCAUCAAGAGAAAAAUUCGCCAGUCUCCUGGAUGCCACAUUGACUUACCCCAGCCACUGCUGUGCUUUUAGGAACUGGCCAAAGAAAGAAAAGAAUUUUUCAUUUUCCAUUUUUAAAAACUUUUCCAAACAAUGUGAAAACACAGUAAGAAAACCAAGUAAUGAAACGCUCUAUUCCACCAUCUUUGCCGAGAGUGAUCUGAAAGACUGGGAUUAUGAUUAUGGCUUCUGCUCACCCGCGACACUCCGAUGUGCUCCGGAACCAGACGCCUUUAACCCUUGUGAAGAUAUUAUGGGCUACGACUUCCUCAGAGUCCUGAUUUGGCUGAUUAAUAUCCUAGCCAUCGUGGGCAACUUGACGGUCCUCUUUGUGCUCCUGACAAGUCGAUACAAGCUGACGGUGUCCCGCUUUCUCAUGUGCAAUCUCUCAUUUGCAGACUUUUGCAUGGGGGUUUAUCUGCUGCUCAUUGCUUCAGUCGAUUCCCAGACAAAAGGCCAGUACUACAACCACGCGAUAGACUGGCAGACAGGGAGUGGGUGUAGCGCCGCGGGCUUUUUCACUGUAUUUGCCAGCGAACUGUCUGUCUACACCCUGACGGUCAUCACUCUAGAAAGGUGGUACACCAUCACCUAUGCUGUUCAGCUGGACCAAAAGCUGCGACGGAGACACGCCAUUCCAAUCAUGCUCGGAGGGUGGCUCUUCUCUGCUCUCAUUGCCGUGCUGCCCCUUGUGGGUGUCAGCAGUUACAUGAAGGUCAGCAUCUGCCUCCCCAUGGAGGUGGAGUCCACCCUCUCUCAAGUCUACGUCCUAACCAUCCUGAUUCUCAAUGUGGUGGCCUUCAUCAUCAUUUGUGCUUGCUACAUUAAAAUUUACUUUGCGGUUCAAAACCCAGAGCUGGUGGCCACCAACAAAGAUACAAAGAUCGCUAAGAAAAUGGCAAUUCUCAUCUUCACAGACUUCACUUGCAUGGCACCCAUCUCCUUUUUUGCCAUCUCAGCUGCCUUCAAAGUGCCUCUUAUCACGGUCACCAACUCUAAAGUUUUACUGGUCCUCUUCUAUCCUGUGAAUUCUUGUGCUAAUCCAUUUCUGUAUGCAAUCUUCACAAAGGCAUUCCGCAGAGACUUCUUUCUGUUGCUGAGCAAAUUUGGCUGCUGUAAACGUCAGGCUGAACUUUACAGAAGGAAGACAUUUCUCGUUUAUACCUCCAACUACAAAAAUGGCUUCCCAGGAUCAAAUAAGCCUCAGUCUGCCCUGAAGUUGUCCACAGUGCACUGUCAGCGUCCAGCUGUCCUAGACAAGACUUGCCACCAUGAAUGUUAGCUGCAUUAUUGAACUAUACUUAUAUCUGUAAAAAAAUAAAAAAUCUACCUUAAUCAGUAACUUUAAUAUAAAGGGCUAAUUUUAGGAAAGUAUUUAUUCUUAGGCAAUCUGAGAAAGAGAAAACUGGGUAAUUCCAGUUCAAAGGAUGGUGCGACUACUGCCAGUCCUCCAUUGGAACACAAUGACAGAAAAUUCAGAAGUGCUUAGAAGUUUCUAUAACAAUUUAGAUAGAUAUUUUGUUUGUUGAAACUAAUAUUAAGAAAAACUGAAGUGGCAUUUUGCAUCUCUCUGGUCUUUUUCAGUUUUGUAAUUUUUGUUGCAAUCACCAAAAAUAUGAGUUCAUAACAGAUUGGAAAUUUAAAGUGGUCUUUGCCCUCAGUUUGAAGAUACACUAGGAGAUGCACUGUGCAGUCUGCUAGCCACUAGACAUGGGUAGCCAAAUAAGGCUGAAGAGAGUGAUUUCUUAGCCACAUUCCAAGUGCUCCACAUGUCUGACUAGUGUUGCCUGCAGUGGGCAGCACAGACACAAACUGCUUUCAUCAGUGCAGAGUCCUACUGAACAGCACUGUUCUAGAGACGUUGUUUAGUUAAAUUGUCACCUAAAGGCACAGUUCCGCUUAUUUGUUUGGCUUGCAGUUCAUAAAGUCCUCAUGGGUAGGAACCCACCUCUGCCCAUUUUGUUUACCCAUGCCUUACCGCAGAAUCUUAGCAAUAACACAGAACAAAUGUGCUGAGUUGAACUUAUGAAAUCUAUAAGGAAAAAUAUUUCUA